AUGCAGGUGCGGUGGGCGGCGUGGGCGCUGGCGUGGUGCGCGUGCGCAGCGGCCGCGCCGGCCGAGCCACGCGCGCCGCUACCCACCGCCACCGCCGCCGCCGCCGCCGCGCCGCACGCGCCCGCCGUCGCUACGUGUGAACCACUCGUGCUUAAGAACACACCGCCUAUGCCAUCGAACGCGCGAGAACAUGAGGCAGCCGCAAUGCACACAGCGCGCGCUCUGGUGGAGCUGGUGCAGCAGGGCGUGGCGGACGAGGAGCGCGCGGCGGCGCUAGCGCGAGCAGCCACGCGCGCUCCGCUCUCACCGCCGCCUGCCGCCGUAGCUCUCGGCGCUCCGCAGUUACAUCUCGGAGUACUGUACAUAGCAGAACCUCCUAAACUAGUCGUAUUUCAACAAAACAAUUCCAUAACGUUGCGUCAGUUCUGGAGGACGUUGGCGUCAGCAUGGAAUGCGACUACAGCGGUCUGGUCAAACGCGUGGUUUUCCUGCGAAAAAGACGGCGAGGGUUGGUGGGGUGGAGUGGCUGCAGCUCGGGGGUCGGGUCCGGCGCGAUCAGCUGCGGCGCUAUUCCGGCGCUGGCCAUCCUUGCCGUGCGAAGAAGCCAUGAACGACUGGCUAGGUGGAGCCCCACUUUGUGAUGCAGCCACGACAGAUUGUGAAGCAACUCCUUCUUUUGGGUCCAACGAUCGAAGGAUAGAGUAUCGCUGUAAGUGCCAGGCUGGUCACUGGAGCGCUGGUGGUAGCGGCUGGCUGAGCGGCGCCACGCUGGCCGCAGACAACUCCGGUCCCCUUACCUGCACUCCUUGCGGUAUGGGCAGCGACUCCACCGCCUGCCUCGCUGACGUUUACCGUAUAGCUCUCUUAGCUGCCAACUUGGCGGGAAUGUUGCUCUGUCUUGUUAUUGGACUCAUCAUAUUUAAGAAGCGGAAAUGUAAAGCGGUGGCCAUGGGCAUGUGGACUGUGUUAGAAGUCGUACUUCUUGGAGCCUUGUUAAUGUAUGCUUCGGCGGCAUCCCAGUACAUAUCUGUGGCGAAGUGGCGCUGCAUAGCGGGCGCGUGGCUGCGGGAACUCGGCUUUGUGGCCUGCUACGGCUCCGUAGUACUGAGGCUCUGGGUGCUGCUCGCUGAGUUCCGCACAAGAAAAGCUCAUCGGUGGACACCGAGAGAUUCUGAGGUUCUUCGAGUGGUGGGUGCGAUGGUAUCAGGUGCGGCGUGUUACCUGGCGGCCUUCACAGCGACGGCAGCAUGUGAGGAGGACGCGGACGCGGGCUGUGCACGCGCCGCCUGGCACCACGUCACCGCCGCCGCAGAGCUACUGCUGCUACUUGCAGGACUACGAAUCGCAUAUGCCGCCAGAAACGCGAACGUUCCUUUUCAGGAGCGCGGCUGGUUGUCAGCGGCACUGGUGGUGGAGGGGUUGUGCGGAGUGUGGUGGCGCGGGGUCGCGUGGUGUGCGGCAAGCGCGGCGCCCGAGCGCUGGCCUGUGGCGGCCGCCGCGCGAGCUCAGCUGUCUGCCGGUGCCGCGCUCGCCUGCGUGCUAGCACCGCGGCUCUGGCACGGGUACCGUGCGCGCUCCCUCGCGCAAGAGGUAUCACGUCGUGGUCCUGCGGAAGGCUUUGGCGCGGAGGGCGAGGAGGAACCCACAUCGGAAGAGGUCCGCGCCGAGCUCAAGCGGCUGUAUGUGCAGCUGGAGAUCCUGCGCAACAAGACGCUGCGCCGCGACAACCCUCACAUCAGCAAGCGGCGCGGGGGACGCAAGCCGCCGCAUAGACGGUUCUCGCUACAGAAAAAGGGCAGUCGUGAAAAGGCUCUGCAGGCGCGGCGCGGCGGCAAGGGCAAGGCGGGCGGCAGCGCCAGCGCCGUGGAGGCGAGUGAGGCCGGCGACGCCUCGCGAACUCCUGAAGACUCCGUCUGCUCCGCCGAGGGCCCGAGCCAUUACACCGACGCCGACACGCAGGCGUGAUGCCCUCGAUGCCCCAACAGACCCCACUCUUAACACAAUCCCGUGUACUUUAACCAUACUUUUAGGGAAGUCUAAGGCAAUAACAUCUCCUUCCGUUAAGCAGUUCUGCUAUAGUCGAGGAAACGAGACGAUGCGAAGCGAGCAUAAAGCGGCCUCUCUCUUCCACAAAGUAAAAAAGAAAAAUAACAAUACAGGUUCAGAUCGACGUUCUGCUGGCAGUCCUCUAAGCGUUUCGGUCUGGUAUCUUAAUAACUUAAUGAUGAUAAAUCGCGCAAAUAUGUCUCGGUUUCAUUGAAUUUUAGUAGGAUAGUGUUCGUUACGGCUGUAAAAAUAUAUUUUAAUGCGAAUGGGGGAGUUCGUUAUAAGUUAAUAAACCUAUAGGGCCAGUACAAUAAAAUAUGAUGCCUACAAAAUUUGGUAUUCCAGGUUAGUGUCAAGAAGAACUGAAAUUAUUUUGUGUUUUUAUUAUUUUACGAUAUAUCUAUUGUCCAGUCUACGGUAAUCACGACGCUGUUAUACCCCCAUGUAGCUAUUGACGCAAUGACAAAUACUCGUACGUAAUUGGGGAACCGGUCAUACAACGGGCUACCUCACAAUCUGACAACAUUUUUAGACGAGUCACACAACACUUGACAUAGUUGUGAUUGGGCGCGGACCCCAAAUUAUUCUUAUAUCACCAGUAUAAUAAGAGGUGGAUUUGAGAAUGGUCCAUUAAAAAAUAUUAUAAAAGCCUUUAGGUUCGGAAUUGUUAUUGGUAUAAGACAACAUUAAUUAGGUGUUUGUAAAAAGUAAUAUUUUUUACGGAAUGUUAUUUGAAUCUUCAUUCAAUUUGAUAAGUAGCAAGCUGUCUGUCGAUGUAGAUCGGAGAUAGGAAAUGCACAAAGUAUGUAUUAAAGAAACUGAAAAGGGGCCUACUACCGUCCUAUUAAGUCAGUUUGGUACAAGUGAGGAGCGAGAUGCUGGUCUAUGUUGUAGCGCGCCAUCUCGCUUUCACAACUGCAAGGCAUACAAGAAGAUAUUGUAGUAGGCCCCCUGUUUAACUGUACAACACAAAGUUCUAGUCAAGAGAUUGAUAAGUUAUGUGUAAUGUUAAUAUAGUUUUAAUAUCGUUGUACUUUACGUCUUGUAGGAACGAGCAGUAAAUGUUUACAUUGUAUCAAGUCUUAUUUUUAUUAUGAAACAAAAGCAAUCUUUAUUUUUGUUUCUAAUCAAUUAUUAGUCUUGUCUUUAAUUAAAGAGCGAUUUAUGUGAAGGGAAGUAAGUGGGAUUUAUAGAGCCAGCAGAUGAGAUCAUGCAGUAAAUUAUACUAAUACUUAACUUAUUCCGAAAACUGGGAAAUGAUUUGUCUCAUUUAAAUCAAGACUUUUUUUCUCUCUUUGUGAAGAUUCUUGAAAAGUAAUUAAAAAAAUAUCAAAAAUGAUUCCAAAAAAUAUUGCAAAAUCCAGCACACUAUGAAUGGUAAGCUCUCAGAAUAAACCUAAAUUACUUCCCUCAUCACCACCGCAAAGACACAUUCAUAGUUCAUAGAAGUGAUUUGAUAUCUUUACCUAGUAUUUAUGUACUGUGUGUAACUGUGGAUGUCUCCCAGACUUCAUGUGUCGCUGUUCAAAUAGCUUCAUGUCCUUGUGUGACGUCACGUGGCCCGCCACCGUGACAAUGUCCCUUUAGAGUUGUCCACUUGUAAAUGUUCACAUCGACAGUCUAUCGAUAUCACGUUAGUCAGCUAAAUCUUAAACUUCUCAGUGUUCUAUACUCAUCGUGUAAGUUAUUUGUUUUAAUUUUCUAUGUUCAAUGUAAGCAGGAGGUAAAGUUUUCUCCGCUCUUAAUAUUUUCUAUAAACUCGUGUUUUUCGCUACUUUAGGCAUUCCAUCGGUUAUAGUUACAUUUUGGGAUAGAAAAUGAUCUAAAAUUUAAUCUUGUUCUUGUUUGAUGAUGAUUGAACUUUAUUGUAAUUCUUACUAAUAUACUCAGCCCAAGAUUUGUAAAAAGUGAAAGAUUUUGAGAAGAAAUAGCUAAAUCUAAACUAAGCGAAAUAUAUUGUGUAUAACUGGCGUAUAAAGAGACACUGUUAGUUAACUAAAGCGAGAACUGAUUAACUCUGGAAGUUUCCCAACUAUGUAUGUCUUCAGAUGUUCUCAUCAACACUUUGCUCUAACUCAGCCGCUUCACGACAGUCGACAACCGAUGGCUGACUUAAUCCUUAUUUUAUGAUUUCGAUCUUACAAAUUGUUACCGGUUCUAGGGAUCAAAAUAUUUUAGUUAUACAUAUAUUUAAUUUAACAUUAGCACGGGUACUAGUUUAUAUAAAUAAAUGUAAUAGUCAGAUGUAAUAUUUUAGAUCAUUUUUACGUGAAAAAUGCAAUUUUUUGGUUGUUUAUAUUUUACGUGAUCGUUAAUUGUGCAUAUUUUAAUUAGUGGUAUUUUAGAAGGAUUUGUAAAUAUGAAUGCUAACAGUUUUAUAGUACGAUACGCAUGAAUUUGUUUCAGUAUUUAAACGUUGAGCUUUGUUCAAUGUUUGUGGUGCGUGAGGCGAUAUGAGGCCAAAAAUAAUAUUAUUCAUAUAACAACAUAUUAUUUAUUGAAUAAAUGACAAUAUUCAUAAA